UGAGUGAAGAUCGCUCGGAAUUUAUCCCCGCUCGUUCAACUGAUUGAACACUAUACUAUAUGCCAUUCACAAUGAGAGAGUACCGAGAGUCUUAAAAAGUUUGUGUAUUUGUGCAUAAAACAGUUGAAAUAAUCAAGUUCAAGGGAUAACAUUGGUUUUGCCUGGGGUGGGCCUUGGCGAGCCCUAGAAGAGACCAGGCAAGCCACCGAAUCAGGAGCAUCGAACGUCAAAACAAACAGUGGAACAAUAAAAAUCAUCAAGAUUAUGUGACAAAGUGGAUGGAAUUGUUGCGGAAAUCGCGAGGUGACGCAAAGUUGAUGAAGAGGAUUAGUGAGACGAGUGAAAUCGUUUCUAGGGAAAGAGACUGCCAAAAUGGUCAGCAAACUGCCGCAGGAAUUCAGGAGAUACCAGAGGAAUCGCCAACAGUUGAGACACAUCUUCAAAGAGACUCAACGCACUUUGGAUGUUAUUAAUCAUGAAAACUUCUUUCCUGACGAGAAUAUAAUCGAGGAAUUGUUACCCUCCGUCACACUGGAUCGUUUGACCCACAUUCUGGACAACCACCCAGCAAUAGUGAUAUCCGGACAAGACUGCAAAUCCAAAGCAGCGCUCGUCAACCGCCUCUUAGCAGCUGAGAUACUCCCCUCGACGGACGGCGACUGGAGGUGGUUGAAAUUCGCUUACGGCCCCACCAACCACGUGAGUCUCACCCUGGGCCUGGAAUACGAGGUUGUCGACCGAGUCCAGGCGAACGAAAUCGCCUGGAAGACACUCCCCGAACAAGACCUCAACAGAUCGGGCAACGAGGACCCAAACUGUCCCACAAUCCUCGAAGUCAAGCUCGACAGAGCAGUCCUGAAGGACAACGUGCAGAUCUUCGUGGUUCCUGACAUCGCAGCGGUUAAGUCCCUGGCAAAAGGAGCCCUCGGGAUUCUCCCGAUUUUUCUUUACGCCUUGAGUGACCACCCCUUGACAGAACAGAACACAGAAGAUUUACGAGAGCUCAAGGAGACCUAUCCUUACACUCCAGUGCUCUUCGUCUCGUCUCUGGUCAAUACAAUCUUCGACAGUGUGGACGGAGACCUGACAGAAUCAGAACAACAUCGUCUGCAGAGUCAAUCGGAAGCCCUCGCCCCGUCGGCCCCAUCAGACUCCUUCAAAGAGGACGAAAAACUGAACCUCGAGAAGAUGAACUCCCUGGGCCACACCUGGCUGGAUCAACUGGGAGACCUCGGCUUCCUGAGAAUGGAGUCCGACGAGGUGGACCAAAUGACCUGGAUGGUUGGUGGACAGUACGUCAACUCCUCAGACCUCAUCGAAUCUUACUCGAAGAUCGAUCGAGUCCUCUACUUCACUCGAGGCUGCCUCCAAAGCUACCUAGUCAACGCUGGCAACUACCUCAAUGAAAUUCACACCACGUCCCUCAGGAAGUUCAUCCUCAGUGCCUUCGACAUGGCCCGAGAGAUCCAGAUAACCCCCAGAAGGAUCCAAUACGCCCAACAGAAGGAGAACGAGCUCUACACGAAUCUGAUGAGCGUGGUGAGCAAAAAUCAAGAGGAACUGACGGAUUUGAUUCAGAAUAUAAUUCAGGAGAUGAAAAAUGACGUUGAAGGGGCUGACGACGAUCCUUAUAAGUACCAGAGUGCGUUAUCAGAGGAUUCCGAGAGAAACGAGUGGCAUGCGACUGUCAGAUCAGCUACAACCGAGGUCCAACGGCUUGUUCUGAGUAAAUUGAGCGAGAAGGUAGCUAAACAAUUGGUGACGUCUGUCAAUUGCCUCCGGGAGAACUUCUUUGGGACCCUCCAAAGAUGUUUAUUGGAGUUAGAAAAGAGUUACGAUCAGGAUGGGAAUCUCCUCGCCAGUGAUGCACUGAACCAGAUAUUAUCAGCAGCUUACAAUGUCGAACUUCAUAAUUCAUCUCCAUCGUUGGUUCACUCCUUUCUGGAGAGACUCAGGCAGCUGUUCAAGGCCAUGCCCCUCCCCUGGGCACCAACGCCGACUCUGGACGCCUUUUGGAGGAAGAAGGUCACUAUUGAUCUUCUUAAUUCACUCUCAGCUGCGAGAUUAGCGAAGACUAUUUCCACACAGUUCAGGGAUAAAAUAAAAUCCUCUCAUGAUGCGUUUCAUGCAGCUCUGAGGUCGUUGGAGAAUCAUUACUCUGGGAGGCUGGAGAGGACUGAGGAGCAGAGAGUGGCCAUCAGGAAGAUCCAUGCACCGAGACUCGCGAAAUUGGCUCUCGAGUCGACUUCGAUGAGUGAUAUGGUCAGGUUUGGAAUUCCUCACCAGGGGAAGGAGAUUGGGAGGGGGCAGUAUGGAGUUGUUUUUGCCUGUGAUGGGUGGGGAGGGGCUCCUGGACCUUGUGCUGUCAAGUCUGUUGUGCCUCCUGAUGAGAAACACUGGAAUGAUCUUGCUAUGGAGUUCUAUUACACCAGGAGUAUUCCUGAUCAUAAGAGGAUUGUGAAGCUGAGGGGGUCUGUGAUCGAUCAUAAUUAUGGUGGGGGCUGUGGACUAGGCGCUGCGGUUUUAUUGAUCACUGACAGGAUGAGUCGAGAUCUUUACUGUGGCAUCAGGGCUGGGCUGACCUGGCUGGAGAGGAUACAGAUCGCUAUUGAUGUUCUCGAGGGCAUCAGGUAUCUGCAUUCUCAAGGACUUGUGCACAGGGAUAUCAAGCUGAAGAAUGUUCUGUUGGAUGUGGAGAAUCGAGCCAAGCUGACUGAUCUUGGAUUUUGUAUUACUGAGGCUAUGAUGUCGGGGUCGGUGGUGGGAACUCCUGUUCAUAUGGCGCCGGAAUUGCUCUCCGGACAUUAUGAUAGCAGUGUCGAUGUUUAUGCGUUUGGCAUUCUGUUUUGGUAUAUUUGUGCGGGACAUACUAGGAUGCCGUAUGCCUUCGAGACUUUUCAGAAUAAGGAGCAGCUUUGGGGGAGUGUUAGGAGAGGUGUGAGGCCUGAACGUUUACCUCACUUUGAUGGUGAAUGCUGGACACUCAUGGAGCAAUGCUGGUCUGGUGAACCCUCGAAACGACCUCUCCUCGGUGCUAUUUUACCAGUGCUGGAAUUGAUCCGUGAAAAAGCUGAAUUAGGCAAGUCCAUGACAGAAAUCGACGCAGUCAGACAACCCAGCUCGUCAUCCUCAUUAUCAGACACGAGAAGUCCAGCUUUAGCAUUAGCCGAGCCCAAUAACCAAAGAGGCACCAUGGUAGGCUCAACGCACUGUACUUCAGCGUCGAGUAGCAUAUCGCUUGUAUCAGAGUCCAGCGAAGUUGACGAGACCUUCAGGGUGUCGAUUUUAUCUGGAUGCGAAGGAAGUGUUCACUAUCGACGAUAACUCUUAACUUGUGAUAUUUGAAGGGACUUAUAAAUUAAUAGAUAAUAGUGAUGCAAUAUUUUCAUAUGUGCAGGAUAUUUUCAGCUGUGUAAAAAGUAUUUCACCAACUUUGUAUAUGAGGUAUUCCAUGCCAAAUGAGUCAACGGCUGACUCUCACGCUCUUGAAAAUUGAU